UAAUCGUUAGUGAAUUAUCCUCUACACUUCAUAAAACAAGUCAUUACUGGAAACAGUUUCUUCUAUGAAUUUUCCAGUCAGAGUAAGAACUUUUGUAACAGUUUUUCUCUUACUUCAAUUGAACAGAAAAAAACCUCAUCACACUUGAUGAAUAACACAGAUAAAGGCAUCUAGCUCAAACGUUACAAAAUUACUGUAAAGGAAAGUACAGUCCUUUUUUUUUUUUUUCUUCUUGCUAAAUUGAACGACAUUGUUUUACUUACUGGGCUUCCUGUUUAGCAGACUAUCGGUUACACGAUAAAAUGCUCUAAAAGAAAUCAGAAAAUAUUACACCUUAAUGAGAACUUAUAAAUGAAACAGGAAUUUGAACCAGGCAAUUACAAAUGUCAGAGAUCAAAAUGGCCAACGCAUCGAACAAUUCUACCGAACAAUGUAACCCACCGUACAGUGAGAGUGAGCUAGCUGUAAUUGCGAUGUACAGUAUUAUCCUAGUGAUUGGGUUACCAGCAAACAUCUUAACAGCAGUUCUGACAUUGAUACAAAUACGUAGAAAAAACGUAUUGGCAGUUUAUCUCUUCAGUCUUUCGAUAAGUGAACUGAUGUACUUGGGGACACUACCUCUCUGGAUCCUCUAUGUAAAGAAUGGACACAACUGGAUAUGGGGUCCAAUGGCUUGCAAAAUUACAGGGUAUAUCUUUUUUAACAACAUAUACAUCAGUAUCUUCCUGCUGUGUUGCAUAUCAAUUGACCGUUUUAUAGCAGUGGAAUUCUCCCUGGAAUCCAGAGGAAUUAGACGUCAAAGAGUUGCUAUUUUGAUCACUUGUAUUCUAUAUGUGUUGGUAGGUUUGACGCACUCUCCAACAUUCAUAUUUAAUGACGGAGAAAAAGAUGGCGAUACCUGCUUUGAAAAGCUUCCAAUGGACCCACUGAUCGCUCGGUUUUAUUUUGCCAGAUUUGUAAUUGGUUUUCUGAUUCCUUUAGUAAUCCUGAUAUUUACCAACUACACGAUAAAAAGGCGAAUUGAAACAAGCAGUAGCUUCACAGACCAUCAGAAGACAAAAGUGAAGUGGCUAGCGAGGACCAUAAUAAUUAUAUUUAUGAUUUGUUUUGCCCCGUAUCACCUGGUGCUGCUUCUCAGGGCAAUAAUGUUUUCUUUGGAUAACGCCAAUUCCUGCAGCUUUGAAGAAGCGAUUUUUACCACUUAUUCUGCUUUUCUUUGCUUGGUCACAAUGAAUAGUGUGGCCGACCCCUUUAUCUAUGUUUUAGUCAGUGAAAAUGUGAGGAAAGACAUGUACAAAGCUCUACGAGGAUGGAGGAGCCAGGUUUUCAUUAAUAUCAAAAGUGACAACAGCACGCAACACAACAUUCAGAAUUCUACAGAACAACAGGCUGAAAAACAGACAUCCACACAACUUAUGAAUUUUCCAUAACUGUUUUAAAACCGAAAACAAAGUGCUAUACGUUUUAUUAUGUAUGUUCCCAUGACAACUGAUUGAUUCAGCACAUUAUUAUUAUUAGAUAAGAAUUGCAAAUACAAUUAUCCAUUCAACAGUAAGCCUCAAAUCUUUUAAUCAGUCGGCAAUAUUUUCAAUAAAAAAAUGCUACUUUUAGCCAUAAAUCAUCAUGAAUCAAUAGAUCUGACUAGACAUUUAACAUUAACGUUACAAGAUAAAUUCUCCCAGGGGUCUGACCUCAAAGGGAUAGGUACCAAAAUGAUUGUGGUGAGGCCAAAAAACGCCACAACUCACCACAGUGCAAAUAUAAAUUACCGUUAUGCAUCACCUGCUUAUCUCAAGUUGGACUUUGAGGUGUCCUUCUUGGGCAUAGAAACUUGAAAAAUCAUGUUUCCACAACUAUCCCAGAGUUCCAAGCUUCACAUGCAAAUAAGCACAGACAGGCAUUGUGUUUCAGACUUCAUACUGCAUUUCUGCAGAUACCCUCAGCAAUGGACACUGUUUUAUACACAACUAUUGAUGGGAUAUGCUGUUGUACCGGCCAUUAGUAAAUCAAGCCAUAGAAUUAUAAAAAGAUAGAAUGUGACGGCAGAUAAGACCCAUUCGGCCCAUCUAGUCUGUUCAAUUUUCUCAAUACUUGCAUUAGUCUCUCAUAUCUAGGAUAGCCUUAUGCCUAUCCCACGCAUGCUAAAACUCCCUCACUGUGUUAACCUCUACCACUUCAGCUGGAAGGCUAUUUCAUGUGUCCACUACUAUCUCAGUAAAUUAAUAAACCUUUGCCCCUCUAAUUUAUUCCUCUUAUGUCCUCUUGUUGUGGUAGUUUACCUUCUUUUAAAUAUAGUCUCCUCCUUUACUAAAAGCCCUUUGAAUUUGACUACCCUUUUCAAUGCAUAUAAUCUCAAAUGUUUCAAAAAUAUUUUUUUUAUUUUGUGAGCUUACACACUGCUUCCUAAGAAAGUUUCAUGUUAAGGCAAAGUGGUUCCAUUAAUUAAUGUCAUAAUGUAGGUGUGAAAUCAACAUUCUCAUUUAAAGGUUUCUGAGCCAAGAAAUGUGUUGGGAUUUAAAAUGUUUAUCAAUAAUUAAAAUAUAAUUAAACAAUUUGAGUGUCAGUAGAAAAAGUGACCCAUUUCCUAACAUUCUUCUCGCACUCAAAUUGCUAAUAAUACAAAUAAAAAAAGCAGAAUUCGAAAAAGGUUAUUGAAAAACUGCUUUUCUAUGUACAUUUAUACAAUAUUUAUAUUUACACUAUAUUUGUUAAAGUGUAAAUAUUUAUUUUUUACUUUAUUUAUUGCAGAGAUUAAUCAGGAUAUCUGUUGGGGUAAGGUUUGCUGUAUUAUUUAUUU